AUGAAUAUCAGCACCGGUUUGAAAAGUAAAUCCAAAACUAUCGGCGCGUUAACCGCUAGGAAAUGGAGUUCUGGUGAUAAACACGUCGAAACUGUCGUAAGCGCCGGUGGCGUACAGUUCACCAGUAUAAGCAAAACACCCGACUAUCACCUGGAACUGUACACCCAGUUUGUGGCGCCGGUGCUCAACGUCAGCCUAUUGGCCGAGUCCUGGGGACAGAGAGUGGACACUCAGUUACCCACGUUGGGUACCCACGAUUAUAACAUGGAAAACGUGCAAAACACGACCGCAAACACUAGCAAAAAGGGCACCGAGUUAUGCGAUCACUGGCCCAACGACACCAAAAAAUCUACCGUCGCUCACGCCAAGGGAGUCAUAGCCAUGGCUUUUGGCUCAUACAUAGUGUCCCGAAGUUUACCGCCCAAGAGUUACGUAUACCCAGAGUCUGGUGAGACCUACGGACAGACAGCUCUGUGUAUUACUUACAAAAUCACUGAAAUCGAUAAUAUUCUUGAGCAAUUAUUGUAUAUGCAACCAAAUGUGUAUACCAUACAUGUGAGCACCCACCUAAAAAGUAAAUCAUCAAAAAUCGCUGCCUUAAGCGAUAAGGACUGGAUAUCGGGCGAUAUGAAUGUCCAGACCAUAACCAGCGCCGGUGGUGUAAGCUUCACCAGUUUUAGCAAAGCACCGGGCGAUCAGGUGGACCUGUACUCCCAGAUCAUUGCACCGGUAAUCAACACUAGUUUAUAUGUCGAGACGUGGAGACAGGGAGCGGGACAUCCCUUACCCUCGGAGUGUAGUCUCAAGAAAACGGUUGAGAAUAUAGACGACAUUAGCGUAUCGUUUGUGAACUCAAGACUGAAGGGCGGGUUUGGCUAUCAUAAGGAUCAUAGCAAGUGGGCCAUCAGUAAGACACCUACAGUUCCCUAUGUCUGUGUCGGAGAUUUGAAUCGAGUGGAGUCCCAGUUUAAGAGGGGUGGCGGACAGACAUGUUUCCAAAGCCCUAACGGACAGCCUGUGGACUGGUAUGUAGUCUACAAACUACCCAAAGUAUCCGACUCCGGGCCCCCUUUGGACACGGGUUUGCGGUACGCAUACCUGUCCAGUAAAUCCCAAUCCGACAUUAAGCCCAUAUAUGCUAAAAAGGUAGACCCGGGUAUCAGUUAUAUCAAUUACAACGACCACUGGCCUAACGACACCAAAAAGUCUACCGGCGCUCACGCCAAGGGAGUCAUAGCCACCGAUGACAGCCAUGGCUUUUGGCUCAUACAUAGUGUCCCGAAGUUUGCCACCCAAGAGUCGGGCCAUAAGUACGUAUACCCAGCGUCUGGUGAGACCUAUGGACAGACAGCUCUGUGUAUUAGCUAUAAAAUCACUGAAAUCGAUAAUAUCCUUGAGCAAUUACUGUAUAUGCACCCAAAUGUGUAUACCAUGAGUGUGAGCACCCACCUAAAAAGUAAAUCAUCAAAAAUCGCUGCAUUAAGAGCUAGGAAGUGGAGUUCCGGUCCCAUGAAUGUCCAGACCAUAACCAGCGCCGGUGGUGUAAAGUUCACCAGUUUUGGCAAAGCACCGGGUGAUCACGUUGACCUUUACUCCCAGAUCAUGGCACCGGUACUCAACACCAGUCUAUAUGUCGAGACGUGGAGACAGGAAGCGGGACAUCCCUUACCCUCUGAGUGUAGGCUCAAGAAAACGGUUGAAAAUAUAGACGACAUUAGCGUAUCGUUUGUGAACUCGAGACUGAAGGGCGGGUUUGGCUAUCAUAAGGAUCAUAGC